UGAGUGAGCGAGAGAGAGAGAGAGCAGCCACUUGCAGGGACUCCAGCCUCCUCGCACCGAAGGGGGCGUCCACGCACGCUCUGCGCCUCCUCGCGUGUGCUCAGUGAGCGGGAGCACGCAGAAGCAGAAGCAGCUUGUCACUCCCCUGCAUGCACAUCGCUUGGCCGCCUUGGCACCGUGACACCUCGUUUUCCUGCUCCCCCCCUCCUCCCCUCCUCAAUUCCAAGGAACAAUCACGCGCAUUCCAACAACGUGGACGUGUUGACGUGCGUGUGAGCAGCAGCGCUUUCAUUUUUUUAUUUUUUAUUUUUUUUUAUAGAUUUUUUUUGGAGCGCCGCGCACGGAAGGAGAACAGGACAAUUUUGCUCCCUCUUUUCCCCCCCCCCUCCUCCUCUUCACACAGCAUCGUGCACUGUGGAAAUAACGUGCGUCUGCGAGUGGAGAGCUCAUCAAGUCAAGUGUGGACCCGGACGGGACCUGCUGCAUUGUCUUCACCAUGACGCUCUGAGAGGAAGCCAUCUCGGUUGACUGGUUUUUGUUGACACGAGCCGAGCGGAGAGGCGCCACCGCCAUGGAAGUGAAGGAACGCCGACCGUACCGCUCGCUGACCACGGCUCGGCAGGAGCCCCCCGAGCGGCGCUACACCAGCUCGUCGGCCGACAGUGAGGAUGGCAAAACCCACCCCAGGUCGUACAGCUCCACCGAGACCCUCAAGGCCUUCGACCACGACGCCCGCGUGGCCUACGGCAACCGCGUCAAGGAGCUGGUGCACCACGAGGUGGACGAGUUUGGCCGGCCAGGUGCCGACUUCUCCCUGCGAGAGCUGGGCUUCGGCGACGGCCACCACGCGGCAACCUACCGAGGCGAGCUGGGCAUGCCGCACCGCGAAUACUCUGUCAGCGUGGGCUCGGACGCCGACACGGAGACGGACGGCGCCGUGUCGCCGGAGCACGCCGUCCGGUUGUGGGGCCGCGCCGGCAACCCCAAGUCAGGCCGGAGCUCGUGCCUCUCCAGCAGGGCCAACUCCAAUUUGACUCUAACCGACACGGAACAUGAAAACACGGAAAACGGUCCUCCGCAGCUUUGUUCCUCCGCCUCCUCCUCCCCUGUCGAGCAGCACCCGUUCCCUCCCCCUCGCGUCGGGACCAAUCACAACCAGGGGGGGUUGCUAGGUAACAGUGCAGCUCAGCCAGCCCGGGACUCUGACUCGAAGGAUGAGUUUGGCCCCGGUUCAUUCUUAGUUAAAGCUGGCUCAGGGAACGUGUAUGCCGCAGCUGCUGACGACGGCGUCUUUCAGAACCACCCUCGGCUGCGCACGCCCCCCUUGCCGCUGUCCCACUCGCACUCGCCCAACCACCUUCAACACCAUGCGGCCUCCAUCAACUCCUUGAACCGAGGAAACUACACACCGCGGAGCAACCCCAGCCCCGCGCCCACCGACGGCGGAUCCUCGGCACACCCCGACGGCGGCGUCCCGGAUGCAGGCGGUGCCCCGGACAACUGGUUGCUCAACAGCAACAUCCCGCUGGAGACCAGAAACAUAGCAAAGCAGGCAUUCCUUGAGACUUUACAGGACCACCCCAUUGAGAUGGACAAUCUGGCGUCGGCGCGCCGCGACGCCGCCUACAACGACGGGCACUUUCUGUUCAAGCCAGGCGGAACCUCGCCCAUGUAUUGCACCACGUCGCCGGGGUACCCGCUGACCUCCAGCACGGUGUACUCGCCGCCCCCGCGGCCCCUCCCCCGCAGCACCUUUUCCCGUCCUGCCUUCAGCCUGAAGAAGCCCUACAAGCACUGCAACUGGAAAUGCGCCGCCCUCAGCGCCAUCCUGCUGUCCGUCACGCUGCUCUUCUUGCUGGCCUACUUCAUCGCCAUGCACCUUUUGGGACUGAACUGGCACCUGAAGCCCACGCAGCGACAGAUGUACCACGUAACGGACGACAACACAAGCGGCGUUCCGUUCCCCACCGACCUGAGCUUGAGGCCGCUGGGCUCGGAGACGCCCGAUCGCAGAGGCGACGGCAAAUCGGACGGCUUGUUUCCCGACGACGGCUACGUGGACAUGGGCGAGAUCGACGUGGGCCGCAAGGUCGCGCAGCAGAUCCCGCCCGGCGUCUUCUGGCGCUCGCAGAUCUUCGUGGACCACCCCAUGUACAUGAAGUUCAACGUGUCACUCAGCAAGGACGCCUUAGUCGGGGUCUACGGGAGGCGGGGCCUGGCCCCGUCUCACACGCAGUUUGACUUUGUGGAGCUGCUGGACGGCCGGCGACUCCUGGUCCGCGGCCCCCCGGGGCUGGAAGGGCCCGCCGCCCUGCAGCGGAGCCUGGCGCCCGUCGCAACACACGACACGGGCUUCAUCCAGUACAUGGAGUCCGGCAUCUGGCACUUGGCAGUCUACAACGACGGCAAGGACGUGGAAACGGUCUCUUUUCUCACCACUGCCAUCGAUUCCGUCGACGACUGUCCAAGCAGCUGCUUCGGGAACGGCGACUGCGUGGCCGGAACGUGCCACUGCUUCCUUGGAUUCAAAGGCCCCGAUUGCGGCCGAGCCGCUUGUCCGGUGCUGUGCAGCGGCAACGGCCAGUACCUGAAAGGCCGCUGCAUGUGUCACAGCGGCUGGAAGGGCUCCGAGUGUGACGUGCCCACCAACCAGUGCGUGGACGUCACGUGCAGUCACCACGGCACCUGCAUCGUGGGGACCUGCAUCUGCAACCCGGGCUACAAAGGGGAGAACUGCGAGGAAGUGGACUGCCUGGACCCUACAUGUUCCGGCCGAGGCGUGUGCGUCCAGGGUGAGUGCCACUGCUUUGUGGGCUGGGGCGGGCGAGGCUGCGACAGCCCCAGGGCCUCGUGCAUGGACCAGUGCUCCGGACAUGGCGCCUUCCUGGCCGACGCUGGCACGUGCAGCUGCGACGCCAACUGGACGGGCCACGACUGCUCCACAGAGAUUUGCGCAGCCGACUGCGGCGGCCACGGGGUUUGCGCCUCGGGCACCUGUCGCUGCGACGAAGGCUGGAUGGGCGCCGGAUGCGAGCAGAGGGCGUGUCACCCGCGCUGCAACGAGCACGGCACCUGCAAGGACGGCAAGUGCGAAUGCAGUCCCGGCUGGAACGGAGAACACUGCACAAUCGAGGGCUGUCCCGGUUUGUGCAACGGCAACGGCAGGUGCACGCUGGGUAACGGCGGCUGGUACUGCGUAUGCCAGCUGGGCUGGAGAGGCAGCGGCUGCGACACCUCCAUGGAGACGUCCUGCGGUGAUGUCAAGGACAACGAUGGCGACGGCCUGGUGGACUGCAUGGAUCCAGACUGCUGUCUCCAGGCGACGUGUCACAGCACGUCACUGUGCGUGGGCUCGCCGGAUCCACUGGACAUCAUCCAGGAGACGCAGCUGUCGUCGGGCAACCAGGGCAAGGCGCAGAGCUUCUACGAGCGUGUGCGCUUCCUGGUGGGCCGGGAGAGCACCCACGUGGUGCGCGGCGGCGCCAGCCCCUUCGACGCCAAGCACGCGUGCGUCAUCCGCGGACAAGUGGUGACCUCGGACGGAACGCCGCUGGUGGGCGUCAACAUCAGCUUCGUCAACAAGCCCUCGUUCGGCUACACCGUCACCAGACAAGACGGAAGUUUCGACUUGGUGACAGACGGGGGCAUCGCGGUGGCGCUGCACUUUGAGCGCGCGCCGUUCAUCACGCAGGAGCACACCCUGUGGCUGCCGUGGGGCCGCUUCUUCGUCAUGGACACGGUGGUCAUGCGCCACGAGGAGAACGACAUCCCCAGUUGUGAUCUCAGCAGCUUCGCCCGGCCCAGCCCCACCGUGUCGCCGGCGCCGCUCACCGCUUUCGCCGGAUCCUGCGCCGAGAGAGGGACGGUGGUGCCCGAAAUACAGACGCUGCAGGAGGAAAUCCCCAUACCGGGUACGGACAUGAAGCUGGGCUACCUGAGCAGCAGGACAGCGGGCUACAAGUCCAUCCUGAGGGUGACCCUGACCCACGUGGCCAUCCCCUUCAACCUGAUGAAGGUGCACCUCACGGUGGCCGUGGAGGGCCGGCUCUUCAGGAAAUCCUUCCCGGCGGGGCCCAACCUCUUCUACGACUUUGUGUGGGACAAGACGGACGUCUACAGCCAGAAGGUCUACGGCCUGUCCGAAGCUUUUGUGUCUGUGGGUUUUGAGUAUGAAUCAUGCCCGGACCUGAUCUUGUGGGAGAAGAGGACGGCCGUUCUCCAGGGAUACGAAAGCUCCGCCUCCAAGCUGGGCGGAUGGACCGUGGACAAGCACCACGCUUUGAAUAUACAGAGCGGCAUCCUCCACAUGGGCAACGGGGAAAACAUCUUCAUCUCGCAGCAACCGCCCGUCAUCGGCAGCGUGAUGGGCAACGGCCGGCGCCGCAGCAUCUCGUGCCCGAGCUGCAACGGCAUGGCCGACGGGAACAAGCUGCUGGCCCCCGUGGCGCUGGCGUGCGCCUCCGACGGCAGCCUCUACGUGGGCGACUUCAACUACGUGCGGCGGAUCUACGCCACGGGCAACGUCACCAGCGUCCUGGAACUCAGAAAUAAAGACUUCCGGCACAGCAACAGCCCGGCCCACAAGUACUACCUGGCCAGCAGCCCGGUGAACGGCGCCGUGUACCUGUCGGACACCAGCAGCCGCAAGGUGUUCAAGGUGAAGUCGCUCAACGCGCCCAAGGACGUGGCCAAAAACCUGGAGGUGGUGGCGGGAACCGGAGACCAGUGUCUGCCCUACGACGAUGCACGCUGCGGGGACGGGGGCAAGGCUCCCGAGGCCACGCUUACAAACCCCAGGGGCAUCACGGUGGAUAAGUACGGCAUAAUCUUCUUUGUGGAUGGAACCAUGAUUCGCCGGGUGGACCAGAACGGAGUCAUCUCCACCCUCCUGGGCUUCAACGACCUGACCUCCGCUCGACCCCUCAGCUGCGACUCCGUCAUGGACAUUGCUCAGGUUCGUCUGGAGUGGCCAACAGACCUGGCGGUGAGCCCGCUGGACAACUCACUGUACGUCCUGGACAACAACGUGGUGCUCCAGAUCUCGGAGAACCACCAAGUGCGCAUCGUGGCGGGCCGACCCAUGCACUGCCAAGUUCCCGGCAUCGACCACUUCCUCAUGAGCAAGGUGGCCGUCCACGCCACCCUGGAGUCGGCCAACGCGUUGGCCGUGUCCCACACCGGCGUGCUGUACAUCGCCGAGUCGGACGAGAAGAAGAUCAACCGGGUGCGGCGGGUUUCCACCGACGGCGAGAUCUCCCCGGUGGCGGGGGCGCCCAGCGGCUGCGACUGCAAGAACGACGCCAACUGCGACUGCUACUUGGGCGACGACGGCUACGCCAAGGACGCCAAGCUCAACGCGCCGUCCUCCUUGGCGGUGUGCCCGGACGGCGAGCUUUACAUCGCCGACCUGGGCAACAUUCGCAUCCGCUACGUACGCCAGAACAAGCCUUACCUGAGCCCGCUCAACAUGUACGAGGUGUCGUCGCCCAUCGACGACGAGCUCUACCUGUUUGACGCCAACGGCAGCCACGUGUUCACCCAGAGUCUGACCACGGGCGACCACCUCUACAACCUGACCUACACGGGGGCGGGCGACCUCGCCGCCAUCACGGACAAGAAUAAGAACGUGGUGACCAUCAGACGGGACACCACCGGGAUGCCCUUGUGGAUCAUGACGCCCGACGGCCAGACCUUUUGGUUCACCAUGGGCACCAACAACGCUCUGAAAAGCGUGGCGGCGCAAGGCCAGGUGCUCGCCGUCAUGACCUAUCACGGCAGCUCCGGCCUGCUCGCGACCAAGACCAAUGACAACGGGUGGACCACCUUCUUUGAGUAUGACAGUUUUGGCCGCCUGACCAACGUGACUUACCCGACGGGCCGGGUGAGCAGCUACCGCGCCGACGCUGACGGCGCCAUCCGCGUCCAGGUGGAGGGCGCCGCCAAGGAAGACGUGACGGUCACCACCAACCUGUCGGCCUCGGGCACCUUCUACACGCUCAUGCAAGAUCAAGUGCGCAACAGCUACUUCAUCGGGCUGGACGGCUCCUUGCGGCUAGCCUUGGCCAACGGCAUGGAGGUGUCGCUACACACUGAGCCUCACCUGCUGGCCGGCACCGUCCACCCUACCGUCAGCAAGCGCAACAUCACGCUGGCAUUGGACAACGGCCUCAACCUGGUGGAGUGGAGGCAGAGGAAGGAGCUGGCUCGCGGCCAGGUCACCGUCUACGGGCGUCGGUUGCGGGUUCACAACAGGAACUUGUUGUCUCUGGACUUUGACCGCAUAACCAGGACCGAAAAGGUCUACGACGACCACCGCAAGUUUACGCUGCGCAUCCACUACGACCAGGCCGGGCGACCCACGCUCUGGGCCCCGAGCAGCCGCUUGAACGGGGUCAAUGUGACCUACUCGGCCGGGGGCCACGUGGCGGGCAUCCAGAGAGGAACCAUGUCGGUGCGCAUGGAAUACGACCACAAAGGCAGAAUCACCUCCAAAAUAUUUGCCGACGGUAAAUCGUGGAGCUACACGUAUCUGGAGAAGUCCAUGGUGCUCCUGCUCUCCAGCCAGAGACAGUACAUCUUUGAAUUUGACAAGAACGAGCGUCUGUCGUCCGUGACCAUGCCCAACGUAGCCCGCCAGAGCCUGGAGACGGCGCUGUCGGUGGGCUACUACCGAAACACGUACCGGCCCCCCGAGGGGAACGCCUCGGUGCUGCAGGACUACAGCGAGGAGGGCCAGCUGCUGCAGACCACCUACCUGGGCACGGGUCGCCGGGUCAUCUACAAGUACGGCAAGCUGUCCAAGCUGCUGGAGAUCCUCUACGACACCACCCGGGUGGGCUUCUCCUACGACGAGGCGGCCGGCAUGCUCAAGACGGUCAACCUGCAGAGCGAGAGCUUCACGUGCACCAUCCGCUACCGCCAAAUCGGCCCGCUGAUCGAUCGGCAGAUCUUCCGCUUCAGCGAAGAGGGCAUGGUCAACGCCAGGUUCGACUACGUCUACGACAACAGCUUCCGCGUCACCAGCAUGCAGGCGGUCAUCAACGAGACGCCGCUGCCCAUCGACCUGUACCGCUACGACGACGUGUCGGGCAAGGCCGAGCAGUUUGGCAAGUUUGGCGUCAUCUACUACGACAUCAACCAGAUCAUCACCACGGCGGUGAUGACGCACACCAAACACUUUGACGCCUACGGCCGCGUGAAGGAGGUGCAGUACGAGAUCUUCCGCUCGCUCAUGUACUGGAUGAUGGUGCAGUACGACAACAUGGGUCGCGUGGUGGCCAAGGAGCUGAAGGUGGGGCCCUACGCCAACACCACGCGCUACACCUACGAGUACGACUCGGACGGACAGCUCCAGGUGGUGUCCGUCAACGACAAGCCGCUGUGGCGCUACAGCUACGACCUCAACGGCAACCCGCAUCUGCUCAGCCCGGGCAACAGCGCCCGCCUGACGCCGUUGCGCUACGAUAUCCGGGACCGCAUAACCCGCCUGGGCGACGUCCAGUACAGGAUGGACGAGGACGGUUUCCUGCGCCAGCGAGGGAACGACUACUUUGACUAUAACUCGGCCGGGCUCCUGGUGAAGGUGUACAACAAAGCCAGCGGCUGGAGCAUCCGCUACCGCUACGACGGCCUGGGCCGGAGGGUGUCCAGCCGUAACAGCGCGGGCCACCACCUGCAGUUCUUCUACGCCGACUUGUCCAGCCCCACCCGGGUCACCCACAUGUACAACCACAGCAGCUCCGAGAUCACGUCGCUGUACUACGACCUGCAGGGCCACCUAUUCGCCAUGGAGCUGAGCAGCGGCGACGAGUUCUACGUGGCCUGCGACAACAUCGGCACGCCUCUGGCCGUGUUCAGCGGCUCGGGUCACAUGAUCAAGCGGGUCCUCUACACGGCCUUCGGCGAGGUCUACCUGGACACCAACCCCGGAUUCCAGGUCAUCAUCGGCUACCAGGGCGGCCUGUACGAGCCCCUCAGUCGGCUGGUGCACAUGGGCCGCAGGGACUACGACGUACUCGCCGGGCGCUGGACCACCCCCGACCACGACGUCUGGAAACGCCUCAACAGCGGCCAUAUUGUGCCCUUCAACCUCUACAUGUUCAAGAACAACAACCCGCUCAGCAACAAUGAGGAGAUCAAGUGCUACAUGACGGAUGUGAACAGCUGGCUAGUGACCUUCGGCUUCCAGCUGUACAACGUCAUCCCGGGCUACCGCAAACCCAGCACAGACACACUGGAGCCGUCCUACGAACUGGUCCGCACGCAGAUGAAGACGCAGGAGUGGGACAGCACCAAGUCGCUGCUGGGCGUUCAGUGCCAAGUGCAGAGGCAGCUGAAGGCCUUUGUGAAGCUGGAGCGCUUCGGCCAGAUCUACGACGCCAAGAGCGCCGGCUGCCCGCAGGCCGAGGCAUCGGCGGCCUUCGCCUCGGCGGGCUCCGUCUUCGGCAAGGGCGUCAAGUUCGCCAUCCGCGACGGCCGCAUCAGCACGGACAUCGUCAGCCUGGCCAACGAGGACGGGCGGCGCAUGGCGGCCGUGCUCAACGACGCCUUCUACCUGCAGUCGCUGCGCUACACGGCGGCCGGCGUGGACACGCACCACUUUGUCAAGCUGGGCCCGGUGGAGGGCGACCUGGGGCUGAUCGGCAUGGCGGCGGGCCGGCGCACGCUGGAGAACGGCGUCAACGUGACGGUGUCGCAGGUCAACGCCGUGCUCAACGGCCGCGCCCGCCGCAUCACCGACAUCCAGCUGCAGUACGGCGCGCUCAGCCUCAACACGCGCUACGGCAGCAGCGUGGAGGAGGAGAAGGCGCGGCUGCUGGAGGCGGCGCGCCGGCGGGCCGUGGCGCAGGCCUGGGCCCGCGAGCGCCAGAGACUGCGCGACGGCGAGGAGGGCUCGCGCGCCUGGACCGAGGGCGAGAAGCAGCAGCUGCUGGGCUCGGGGAAGGUGCAGGGCUACGACGGCUUCUACGUGCUGUCGGCCGAGCAGUACCCCGAGCUGGCCGACAGCGUCAACAACGUCCACUUCAUGAGACAAAGCGAAAUGGGCCGCCGUCGCAGGUGACAUGGACGCCGCGCUGCCCGGCCCGCCCCGACGGACUCUCGCCGACAACGACGGUGGACCUCUUGCCAAAGACGCUUCGGUACGCCGCCGCCCCUUUGUGUGUGUGUGUGCGCGCGUGUGCGUGCGUGCGCAGCCUCCUUUUGAAUAGAAAAACUUGACAGAAACAGUCAGUUGCACUCAACAUCAUUCUUUCCAUUUUUAAUUGGCAGUUGGCAAGAGCAAAAAUGAAAAAGCGUCAAAAUAUUGUGAUUCUGAUUUUUUUAUCCGACAAAAAAAAAAGUUCUUUAAGAGCAAAACCAUGGAAUUGAAAAUUCAUCCACCAAACCAGGCUUCAUUUCAAUUAGGGUUGUCACGAUUAUUUGAUGGAUUAUUUCAUCGAUUAAUUGAGCGAUCUGGUCAAUUUUUAUUCUGGAUUAAGCAAAACGACUUCUUGGGUUUUUAUAGCCAAUUGUUGUUUAUGUACUAUUAAUUCUGUGAUUUACAAAAACCAAAACAACAAAAUGUGAUCUGCCGCAUGAGGUUGAUUUGACAAACGUAAUACGGUUUGAUGGAUCGUGUUCCGGAUUGAUCGUGAUGGCUGACUGAUGCUCGUUACCAGCUCACAUAAACCCGACCGAGCAAACAUUAAAAUCCAAUUCUGUCCUGCAUCCUAUUUUUCCAUUUAGUAUUUUUUUUUUACGUCAGUCUCAAAUAUAAACACAAGGUCUUUUUUGUGCUGUCUAAACUAAACUAAAAAAACAAUUUUAAUUGUUUGAGUUUCAAUGAGCCAAUCAACAAGACAAAGAAUGAAUGAGCCGCUGAUUGCCCAUGUUUUUCUUUUUCCUCCCAAGUGCGGCUACAUUUUUCGUCUCACUCUAUUCGGCCUUUUCCUUCAGCCAAGGAGAUUUGCUCUCUUUUGAUCACAUUGUUUCUUUCUUUUCUCUUUUGUUUUUUUUUACUUGAAACUUGUCGAGCAUCGGUAACUAGGGACGUGUCGCCCGCCUGGGCGAGGCGGCCCGUCGGUGGUUUUUUUUUUUCUUCCCUGUGGACUGCUGAAUGGUCAAAAGUGCUCCGAAAAGCUCAUUUAAGGGAUUUGCAAGCACUUUUUCAAAAAUGAUGUGUGGUUUAAAGUUUUUCUAAAAAAAUGCAAAGAACAAGUGCUCCUCUUUGAUUUUCACCACUUACAAACACACCGGAUUUCAGAAAAAAAGAGAUGUGAACUUUUUGAAAAUAAAUGUGAACCCGCCUGCAUCCAUCAUUGGACUUGGCCCAAAGUGGGUCGAGUGUGUUUUCACCUCGUAACGCUGACAGUAUUCCCACAUGUGCUGCUUUUGCAUUGACGGCACCAUGAGAGAGAUGCUACCUGGACAAAAGUUAUGGGACGCCCCCAGCGAGGUCCAGCGAGGCCUGAUUGGAUGAAUUUGAUUGGGUAAGAGGUUUGGCGUCCACUUUUGUCCAAGCAGCGCGCUUUGCCUUAACGGAACGCAAUGCACGGGAGCAGCGGGUGUUACUGCUUGUGUUUACACUCACGUGACGACGAGGACGGUUGAAAAGGUCACAAUGUGACUUGACUGCACGCCUCCCCAUCUGUCCAUCAAAAGCAUUGGGAAUCUGUUGGUGUCCCAAUUCCUUUUGUUCUGUCGUUUUGAUUUGUAUGUUCAAUGAUGGCUGCACUGAGAACUGUUGUUGUUGUUGUUUUUUUGUCCCUCCCGCCCUGCUAAAGUUCCAGACUCAUUUUGUUUGAGUUUCCAACACAGUGUUUUUUUUUGUUGUUGUUUUUCUCAGACUGUAAAUACGAUGACGAGUUAAGAAGCGCGCUGUAAAUGAAAAAGAUGCAAACUGUAGAUACCGCUUAGAGCUACAUCCUGUGUAGUCUUAUGAAGGUAGAAUGAGUUAAAAAAAAAAAAUAAAGGGAAUAUUUUGUGUUUA